UUUCCUCAAAACAAUAGAAUCCAGUGACUGGCAAAACUCGAACCUUGAGUUCCUCCUUGAAUUUCUUCUGAGGGCAAGACUAUCUCUGCCAUCCCAGAACUACAUUUUGCCUGGAUCCGCCAUCCUUGAGUGAUGCUGUCCGUUUCAGUUCUUCUCCAACGCAGCGGUUAUUUCCUGCUUCCCAUUAACCUGCUCUUCUGGGCUGUGUUAGUCCCCAGGACUGUGGCCUCCCCAGUGCCAGAUUCCAACCCUCUGUACCAGUUUGAUGGGCAAGUCCGGCUUCGCCAUCUCUACACGGCCAAUGAACGGACCCAGCUCCACCUGGAGAUCUUCUCAGAUGGGACGGUGCGUGGCGCCAAAUACCAGAACGCCUUCAGUUUGAUGGAAAUCAAAGCAGUGAAGUUGGGGAUCAUUCGUAUAUUAGCUACGAAAACUUCUAGAUUUCUUUGCAUGGAUUCUGAAGGACAUCUAUAUGGCUCACUGUCCUACUCAGAACAGGAGUGUAACUUCCGUGAGAUGGUUCUUCGAGAUGGCUAUAACGUGUACUAUUCAGAGGCCUACAAUCUUCCCGUGAGCCUCAGCAUGAUGGAGAAUUUGUCCCAGAACCGUCAGCUGCCCCCUUUCUCCCAGUUCUUACCUUUAGUAAACAAGGUUCCCCUUGAACCCAUGAUUAUGGACUACGAAUACAUUCAACAGGUACAUGACAUAGAGUCGGCUGAUCCCUUCAACAUAAUGGGUCAAAAUCAGGACUUGAGAAGCCCAAGUUUUGCCUUCAGAUAG